GGGUUUUAGUGGCGGCAAUGCAGCAGCAAUGCGGGAAGGAAAUGCCCGCGAUCUCGCGCAAUCCGGGCUUCUCUCGUAGAUUUCCUCCGGCGCAAGUGUGCUUGAGCAGGAGAUUCUCUGGCGCAGCGUCCAGAGCUGCCACUAGAGCUCUCGCGAGAUCGGAGCCUGUUUCUACUGUGGAGGUGGAGGCGCUGCUGGAUUUGAUAAAAUGGGACAGCAGUGGCUUGGCUGUGGCGAUUGCGCAGGAUGUUGACACUGGGGCGAUUUUGAUGCAGGGAUUUGUUAAUCGGGACGCUGUCUCGGCCACGAUUGCGUCCAAGCGAGCGACGUAUUUUAGUCGAAGUCGUCGAUCUCUUUGGACCAAAGGAGAGACGUCAUCCAAUUUUAUUGAUGUUGUGGAUGUCUAUCUCGACUGUGAUAGAGAUUCGAUUAUUUACUUGGGAAAGCCUGACGGGCCGACUUGUCACACAGGAGCUGAUACGUGCUACUUUACUCGUGCUGCUGAUAUCCUCCAGAACAAGCCUCUGAUCGGAGAGAAUGGAUUGGCAACUUCUACCUUGUACGAUUUGGAAAGAGUUAUUCAACAGCGGAAGUCAGAGCCUGAUGGGAAAAAGCCGUCGUGGACGAAGCGGCUUUUGCAGGACCAGAAGCUGCUUUGCUCCAAGAUAAGGGAGGAGGCGGGUGAGCUGUGCAAGACAGUGGAAGAAAACGAAGGCAGGAAAAGGACUGUAUCAGAAAUGGCCGACGUCUUGUACCAUUCGAUGGUGCUGCUUGCAGCGCAAGACGUGAAGAUGGCAGAAGUUAUGGAAGUCUUGAGAGCGAGAUUUUCUCAGUCAGGCAUUGAGGAGAAGAGCAGCCGAGGCAGGAGUUCAAGUUGAGGGAUCUUUCAACUCAGGCCAUAGAUGUUUGAAACUUCCAAAAUGCAAGAAUCUAGCACCAACAUGUAUUUCAUUCUAGUAUGUUAUGUAGAAUGGAAUAGGAUUGUGCUUACAGUCCA